GGAACAGACAAGGGAAAAUCAAGCAGGCUUUAGACCAGGUAGAGGGUGCAUAGAUCAUAUCUUCACUCUUCGACAGAUUCUAGAACAUAGACACACUUUUCGGCGUCCAACAAUUGUCAUAUUUCUUGACUUGAAGGCGGCCUUCGACUCCGUGGAUCGAAAGGUACUAUGGCAAUGUCUGACUGUGAAGGGAGUGCCAAGAAAGUACAUUGCACUAAUCAAGGCACUCUAUUCAAACUCACGUAGUCGUGUAAGGGCUUAUGGGGAAUUGUCAUCUGAAUUGGUAACAACCAGUGGUGUCCGACAGGGAUGUCCACUUUCCCCAUUUCUGUUUAACUUCAUCAUAGAUAUGCUGAUGGAAGUAUCCUUAACUGAACGUAAUGACUUAGGAAUCGACUUGUUACCAGGGAAUAGUCUUAUGGACUUAGAAUAUGCAGAUGACAUAGUCCUGUUAGGGGAAGAUGCUGACAAAAUGCAGAGUCUUCUGAACACCUUGAGCAGCAAUCUUCGUAUGUUUGGCAUGCGAUUCGCCCCUACAAAAUGUAAGAUGCUGCUACAGGACUGGACCACGUCAACUCCUAACUUAGUGAUAGGGAGUGAAGUGAUAGAACAUGUUGACCACUUCACCUAUUUGGGAAGUUGUAUUAGCACCAACGGACUGAUUGGCGAUGAAAUCUCAGCACGGAUCCGAAAAGCUCGAGCUGCUUUCGCUGACUUACACCAUCUCUGGCGUAGGCGUGACAUCCGGUUAUCAACCAAGGGACGUGUGUACUGCUCAGCAGUUCGCUCCGUCCUUCUCUAUGGCUCUGAAACAUGGCCAAUACGAGUUGAAGACAUGAAAAGGUUGACUGCUUUCGAUCAUAGAUGUCUACGAUCUCUUUCUCACGUUAGGUGGUUUAAUAAGGUAAGUAAUGUUGACGUUAGGCGUAGAGUGUUGGGCAAAGAGGGAAAAUCAAUCGACAAGGCUAUAAAGUUACAUAGAUUGAGAUGGCUAGGUCACGUGCUGCGUAUGCCUAACCAUCGCCUCCCCCGACGGGCAUUGCUAGCUGAUAUAGGUGGUGCAGGUUGGAAAAGAGCCAGUGGUGGCCAAACAAAAACAUGGCCUCAUCAAUCCAUGAAAUCCUUGACAGUUAAACUGAGUCAGGUAGGGAGAUGCAGACUCCCGGGUUGGGGCCCUCGGGACUCUAGGAAUCAAUGGCUGGAGACAAUAGGUGACAUGGCUCAAAAUCGUUGUCAAUGGCGCAGAUGUAUUCAGUCUCUGUAAUCUUUCAUAUUCCUUUUUACCAUUACCCAUUCUGUUUCACUCUUAUACUUGUCAAACUCUAUUGAUUCUCUUCACUCAUCUUCUUGUCUACCUCUGUGUGCUAUUUGGAACGUGGCAACUCGAACUGCUGCACUUCGGUGCCAAGUUCUAUGUUGAAUCCAGACAGACAGACAGACUUAGCACGUCCGUCGCACUUAAUGUUUUAUUAAAAUACCUUAAUUCGCUCUAGGGUUUUUGAAAUACACCACGAUUUAUGGACAAACAAAAAAACAACGCUAAUGCAACUGACUUAAGAUAGUGACGAAAAACUGCAAAUUUUUUCAGAAUACAUCCUUUCGUCUCAGUAAUGCUAGCUGGACUGUUUUCAAUUGCAAACUUAGUAAGUUUCCGAAAUAACCACUAGAGAGCAAAAUAUAAGCUGGAUUGAAGGCAUGUAACUGACCGACUGGUUUCAACAUAGAACUGCACUGAUGUGCAGCAGUUCGAGUCACCACACUUCCCUCAGUGCUCAAAGCCAGAGAAAAAAGUAAAACGAAACGCAAAAUAGACAGUAAACAGAUGUAUGAAGCAAAAAGAUUAGUAAUGUCGAAGGACAAUAUAGUUUUGUCGGAAAUUAUGUCAUAAGGAGUAGAUGUAUCUGUGCCAUUGAUAACGAUUUUAAGCCAUAUC